AUGUCGGCAACUGUCACAGAGAACCCCGUUACGACAACUAUUCAACAAGACUAUCUCCACGAUUACCAAAUUCGUCUCACUGGAGGGGUCGAAGAAGCAUUCGCCAGAGGCAAUGCGGACGCGCCAUCGCCAGCAGCAGAGAAUCCGGCCGGCUGGUACGACCAGCAUCGCCAAGUGCCUCCGUACAGGCCGGUGAACACAAAUUUGGAUAUUGCAGACAGGCCGUGGGGCUCAAACGGCAUCGAGUCGGCCUUUGUGUAUGUCAUGUUGAACGGGUGCUGGCUUCAUGGGGUUACCAAUUGGAUCUGGAGGUCGACGGGUGGAAGAGUGAAUAAGGACUACUUCAGGUUCACGGUCGGCGGUGAGAUUUGA